CCAAAAGAAAAGACUGACUGAUGACUCGGGGGGAGAGAGAGAGAGAGAGGAAUUGGCCUUUUGUGCUUUUGUCCAACCCCCUCAGUGAGAAAAAAAAGCAACAAAGAACAGAAGAAACAGUGACGUCAGGUACUUGUUAUAAGAGCUAGAAGAACCACUCAAAAACCCCACAUCUCUCUCUCUCUUUAACUUUCUCACCUCUCUUUCCUUCCUCACCUCUCUUUCUUCUUCCUCUCUCUCACCAUCUCAAUUCACUUUUGGUUCUCUUCUUCACACCAGAGUAGCAGCAACAACAGCAUGGACAACCAGCGCAGCAGCCCUGUUCUUAGCAGCUGGCAAUACUACUGCCAAGGAAAGAGCAUGGAAGAGUUGAGGCAUACCCUUUUGUUCACAACUGUGGAGCUGGAACAAACAAGGGUUGCAGUGCAGGAGGAGCUAAGAAAGAGAGAUGAUCAAUUGUCUCAUCUCAAAGAUCUGCUUAACAAAGCUAUCAGAGAGAGAGAUGAAGCACAAGACAAAUGCCAAAGACUUCUCCUUGAGAAGCUCCUUCUCCAACAGCAGCAGCAGCAGCAACAACUCCAACUCCAACUCCAACAACAGCAGCAGCAGCAAACAGCUCCUCUGUCUGGAAUUUCAAGCAUUGAAGAUGAACCCAGAAGGGGAAUUGACUCCAACAAUGGCUUUUCUUCCUCAGAUUGUGAAGAAAGCAUUGUCUCCUCUCCAGUUCUUGACCCAAUUCAACCAACCCAGUUGCCAGCAGGACCAUCUGUGCCACACCAAACAGUGGAGCUAGUGCCUGAGAAGCCAUUGCCUGAAAAAGGCAAGCUUUUGCAGGCAGUCAUGAAAGCUGGUCCACUGCUUUCAACCCUUCUCCUGGCUGGACCACUGCCUCAAUGGAGACACCCACCACCACCACUUGAGUCCUUUGAAAUCCCCCCUGUGACCAUUCCUUCACCACAACCUCCAUUGCCCACACAGAUCAUCCACCAAGACUCCUCCUUGAUUAACAGUAAUGGCUGCAACACCAACUGUGGCAUAGUCAACAGGAAAAGAGCCCCCUGUGACGGCUCUGACUCUCCUUCAGAGACCAAGUUCCAAAGGGUUGUUCUUCACUGACUGCAGCAGCUUUUUUACAGUUUGAUAUUUAUAUAAUUAUAAUUGAAUACAACUAAAAGGUUAGUGAGGAUGAGAAAAAAACCAUGAAUUUCAAGUGGGUAUGUGACUGAUCUAGCAUUUGUACAGAGGAUUGUUCUAGAGAAAAGAGGCAGCUAUUUUCCAGAUUAACUCAGGGAGAAACCAGUAAAAGAGUAAGAGAGCUUCGUUUUGUGGGGAUUUUAAUUUGUCUCUUUUCUUUUUGGGCCUUUCACAUUUUAGUUUUGCUCCAUGAAUGUGAAAUCGGGCCUGAUUUUUCCAAAUUUGUUGUGGGAUGUAGAAUGUAACUUUGAUACUAGUUCAGUAAGUUCAUUCUGUUU